AUGUUCUCUCGUUUAGCGAAAACAACAGGUAAUGGAAGUUUAGAGCCAGACUUUGUGACAGCACGUGUUCCGAUGCGUGAUCGUAUCGAUCUCACUGUUGACUACUUUCUGGCCUCACCAACAGGUCGAUAUCCAGCUAUUGUUGAAAUUACACCAUAUGGUCGAAUUCUUCAACGACCCAACUUUCGUUCUGAAGCCAGUUAUUGGAUAAAGCAUGGCUAUGCUUUUAUUAUUGCUGAUGCUCGUGGCACAGGUGAUUCCGGUGGCGAGUAUAUCUUUUUGUCUCAUGAGGGUAAAGAUGGCUAUGAUCUGAUCGAGUGGAUCGCACGUCAACCGUGGUCAAACGGUCGUGUUGGUAUGCGUGGUGCCUCUUAUUCUGGUGAGAAUCAAUGGUAUACCGCACGUGAACGUCCACCACACCUGUUGUGCAUCACUCCGAGCGCGACACCUGCAAGGCCUAUGCAUGAAGUACCUUAUGAUCAUGGUGCAUUUACACUUAGUUGGUCACUCAGUUGGAUAGGAUCGAGCUUAAAUAUCAUGAAACCACCAGCAGUUGAGGCUCAUUCCAAUCCGAUGACAUGGCUCAAUCAUCGGCCUCUUCGCACUUUAGAUGUUUAUGCUGUUGGACGUGAAUUACCUCUCUAUCGGACCUUUCUCGAUCAUCCAACUCUUGAUGAUUUCUGGGACAAGAUCAGCUUCAUUCCGAACGAUUUUGCAAGGAUCAACAUACCGACACUUGCCUUUACUGGUUGGUUCGAUAGCACAUUGACUGGUACGAUCGAACAUUAUCAAAACAUUCGUCGCUUUUCUUCAUUGAAAGAAGACCAUUUCUUAAUUGUUGGACCCUAUUCACAUAGUACCGCACCCGACGGUGGUUAUGACUAUUUAACUGAUGAACCAGUGCCAAAUGUAGGUGAUAUUCCAGUUCCCGAAAAUGGACUUUUACCAGCUAGAGACAUGACACGACAGUUCUAUGAUUGGUGUCUUAAAGACAAACCACGACCCAACUGGCAACCAAUUAGAAUCUUUGUAACAGGUAGCAAUGAAUGGAUGACACUGAAUGUCUUUCCUCCGGAGAAUGCUUACGAAAAAUCUCUAUUUUUGAUGAGUGAAGGUCAUGCUAACAGCAUUACAGGCGACGGACGCCUACAGUGGGAGUCACCAGAAACUACUGUGGUUGAUCAUUAUCGCUAUAAUCCAAUGGAUCCACUAGUCAUUGAUAUGAACAAGAAGCCAUAUGAACUACCGGUUGACAUCAAUUGUCUGUUAGAUCGAAACGACGUUCUCGUUUACACCAGUGAAAUACUGAAUAGUUCGUUAACCGUGAUUGGUAACAUCAUCAUAGAGCUUGCAUUUUCUAGUUCGGCACGAGACAGUGAUUUGGUAAUUCAAUUGAUGGAUGUCAUGCCAGAUGGAAGUUCAAUCAAACUCGGUUCAGGCUUUUCUAGUCAACUUCGAUUACGUUAUCGUGAUGGUUUCGAUCGUGAGGUUCUCAUGACACAAGGAACAACUUACUUCGUUAGCAUCGAUCUGAACGAAAUUGGACAUACUUUUCUUCCACAGCAUCGUAUUAGACUCGCUGUUACCAGUAGUUUCUAUCCAUGGCUCAGUGCGAAUCCAAAUACCGGUAAUCCAAUAGCAACUGAUACUCAGCCAUCUGUCGUAGCUGAUCAGACAAUUUACUACAUGUCUAGCCAACCAUCACGCAUGCGCAUGAUGAUAGUUGACAAUCCAGUAUUUGAUCCAUGA